ACCAGCCCCUCCUUUGACUUAGCGUAGAUCGCCUGCUACUCUUACGACCCAGAUAUGAAGUUCUCCGCUCUCGCCGCCCUCUCCCUCGCCGCCGCUGUCUCGGCUGGCCCCACCUUCCAGCGCCGCGCCGCGUUCACGCUGCAGAAUGGCAAGGACGCCAUCGCCCUCAACGACAAGUUCAGCAAGUUGACGCCGGACUCUUCCUGCCAGACCGGCGAGGACGCGUGUGUUGACAACAAGUUCGCCCAGUGUGUCAGCGGCAAGUUUGUGCUUCAGCAGUGUGGUGGUGGUACGAUCUGUGCUGCCCUGCCCCUGGUCAACUCCGCCGGCACCAGCAUCACUUGCACGACCGCUGCUGACCGCGACGCGCGUAUCGCCGCGACUGGGGCGACUGCUGGAGCCGACACCGGCGCUGCCGCCUCUAGCUCCGCUGCCGCCACUAGCUCCGCUGUCAACAACGCUGCCAGUGGAAAUGCGGGCAACAGCGUAGCGACCUCCACCUCCGCUGCUGCUGCCGCCACAUCGUCUGCCGCCGCCGCCGCCGGUGGCGACAACAGCGACCCGCAGAAGUCGACCACCCUCGUCCAGUCCGUGAUUGCGACCGGGUUCCAGAACGACGGCCAGGACCAGCCCACGGCCGGCCAGGUCCCCUCCCUGACGUCGUCGAACAACUUCAUCAACUUCUGCGCGACGGUCCCGAACCUGCCCAUCACGAACGGCAAGCAGAUCCAGACGGGCUCGUGCAACCCCGCGCCGAUGGGCGUGAUCGCGUCCUCGGCGAACAUGCCGUCGAGCAAGUUCGUGAACCCGAAGAACGGCGCGACGAUCCCCGCGAACCAGAACUUCACGAUCCAGAUGGCGAUCUCGCACCUCGAGACGGGCCACUUCACGAACGCGCAGGAGAACUACUUCGCGGCGCCGCAGGUCGUGAACGGCGCGGGCGACGUCCAGGGCCACUCGCACGUCGUCGUCGAGGCGCUCACGUCGCUCGACCAGACGACCGUCACGGACCCGUCCAAGUUCGCGUUCUUCAAGGGCCUCAACGACCCCGCCAAGAACGGCGUCCUCUCGGUCGAGGUUGCUGGCGGUCUCCCCGCGGGAACCUACCGCGUCGCGUCCAUCAACGCUGCCGCCAACCACCAGCCGGUCCUCGUCGCCAUCGCGCAGCACGGCUCCCUGGAUGACAUGGCUUACUUCACCGUCGCUUAAGCGGUCCCUCACGACUUCUCGUAUCUGGCGUAUUUAUGGGGGAGUAAUUGGAAGUGAUAGGAUACCCUAGACUGGUGCUACUUCUGCCGUAUUCUGUAUCUGUAGACACUGGUAUUGUCACAAGAAUGUCGAUGUUCUCUACCAC